GCUACCUAUCUUUGGUCACAAUUUUUCCACCCCAUUUGACGCUUACGCGUAUGUUUUAUGCAGCAUUUCUUUUCGAUUUGCAGAUCCCGCAAAGCCACGCUUUGGAAUAAACUCUGCAAUAGGAGAUGUAGAAUGUCACCUUUGAGCAGCUCUGUCCGAGAUUGUUUAUAUGUCUGAGUAUUGUAUCUUUUCCAGGAAAUAUUAUGCUCAGAUCUGGUAAUGAUUUGUAGUUGAAGUUAAUAACCAAUCGGAGAGCUUUGUCUCAAAAUGCUACUAGAUAUAAUUCUGUCCGCUUGCAGUCUUUGUGAGAAACUGUUUAUCAAUCAUUUCUACACUUUCUUCACAAUACAAUCAAAGUUCACCACGACUAUGAAAUCCUCGUUUCAGGAACGUUUUGUUUCCUUAAUCUUUUGAACGUGCAUGACUAAUUUUUUUUUUCUUUUAUGUGUAUUUUUUUCAGUUCAAAAAAUUUUCCUAGCAGUUUACAUGUGUUUCGUGCUGACUGCUCAUCUUUGAAUGAAUUUCAAGUGAUUAGCUGACUGAUCCAGGGAUCAAUGUAGCCCCACAGUCGUCGAGAUCAACAGAAUGAAGAUCUCAUUUACGCCAACGUUUAUUCCCGUUUACUUUUCUUUCUAUGAUUGUUGAAUCACGGGCUGAAAACUUGUGAAUGACACAGUCAAACCGAGAGGAUCAGUAGAGUAUCAACAAACAGAGAGGAUCAGUAGAGUAUCAACAAACAGAGAGGAUCAGUAGAGUAUCAACAAACAGAGAGGAUCAGUAGAGCACCAACAAACAGAGAGGAUCAGUAGAGUACCAAAUAAGGGAGAGGGAAGAGUCCAGGGAAAAGACGAUUAACAAUGGUCAAAAACGUCAUUAAUGGGACGUAAAAAUGUUUGGAAGAGGGUCGCGUAUCACUUAAUGCAUUGUAUACCUGCUAAACUCAACUGCAACGUAGGUGGAGAUAAUUUGCAUGCAAUAAUUUCUAUCGAUGCUUUAAGACUAGCAGGCUGCAAAACUGAGAGUUGUUUGAAGUCUAUCAGUUCGCCGAGGCACCAUUUGCAGUUGAUAACCGUUCCCAAAUUCAAAUCAAGAAAGAGGGAGGUUGAUCAAUUAAUAGAUAGAAAGGAUGAAUAACUCGACUGUUUCUCAGAGCUUAUCGAUUGAUUAUCCUGAAAAAGGUUUCAUGACAACGAGUGGAGUCGUUACUCCCUUGGCAGUCUUCAAGGUUAUCUCGGCUGUCUUGGUAGCAAUGCUGUCUUUAGUGGGCAACACCAUCGUUAUCUACGUGGUUUUUACCACAAAAAAGUUACACGCCAAUACCUAUUUUCUAAUCGUGAACAUGAGUAUCAGCGAUUUGCUUUACACAGCUGUUGCCAUUGAACCAUUUAUCGCCGGAAUCCUAGGACGACCCUUCCCUUUCCGUGGUUCUUGGGGAAGAUGCAUUUGCAAAUUUGUUAACGCGAUGGGUUUUGGUAUGAUUACCAGCUCUGUAUUGACACUGGCAGCCAUCGCUUACGAUCGGUUCUUCGCAAUUGUUUUUCCUCUGAAAAAUUUUAAGAAUAAGACCUAUCUGAAAUGGAUCGUCGCCUCAAUCUGGCUGUGUUCUACCCUGGUUAUGUCGCCGAUGAUGUACGCCAUGAGGUUGCAUGAAGAUAGCAACACCUCGUAUUGUUACGAAGAUUGGUCCCCUUAUUUUGAUACAGAUACUGCCUCCAAAACAUACACUGUUUUAUUAUUUGUUAUAAUUUACUCGAUUCCAUUCAUGACCAUGUUCAUAUUUUAUUCACUAAUGUCCUAUAUUUUGUGGUUUCGUAAAAUCCCUGGCAUUUCUGACGAAAUGACUCGGCAGCGUAUAGUGUCGGGAAGACGCAAAGUGGUUCGAAUGCUCAUUUUUAUCGUGUUGUGUUUUAUUCUAUGUUGGUUGCCGCUACAAAUAUCCACUUUUUCUGUUCAUUUCAGCGACGCUGAACUUCCUUUUGAAUUUUUCUUUGCCUGCGAAUUUCUGAUAAGAGCCAACGGGGCUAUUAACCCAAUGAUCUACGUGGUGUUCAAUGACAGUUUUCGUCGUGGGUUUAAGAGGGUUCUGUACAUGUGUUGUCCGUCAAAAUUAACCGUUCGUAUUCAUGUUUCGGGAAAAACAAAUCUUCUCUCGCAUACGAGCAGUAAGCAGUCUAAUCAGACCAGCUCUAACCAAGGAUUGCUAGGGUUUAGAGAGACAGUGGUGUAGAUUAGGGUGUCAGUUUUAUUGUGCAUAUGGCGUAUGAUGGAGGUUAAUUUCCUGCAAAGGUAAAAAAACCUUCCUUAAGAUUAUCGCACCAAAAAUUAUCUGGUAUAUGUCUUACUGUGUAUUUUUCUGUGCCUAACGAUGCUCAUUUUGUUAAUUUUCAAUUCAUAAAACCUGAGAUGUUUGUUCCAUUUUCUCGCAAUAUGCAUAAAUCUUGUAACAUAUUACUAGAACGAAUCGAGACAAGUGAGAUCAUUACACAAUGCUGUAGAUAAAAUCUUAGUAGAGAAGUGUACUUGGAGACAAUAGGCUACAAAUGUAGAAAAGUAGAUAAACCCAAGUUAAACUAAGAAAUUACUUCUAAGCUUUGAGACUAUGUUAAGAGAACUGAGAUAUAUUAACUAACGUAACGCUUACGUUUUUUGCGUAACAACGUAAAGACAGAACUGGCC